UUAAAUUUUUUUCGCACUUCCUCCCGCACGCUAGAGGGCGACAUGGAGACAUUAGACGUUUAAUACAGAAAGCGCCGAGUGAAAUGUGCGGAAAAUCAAAAUGGAGAAUAGAAGGGAAUCAGCGCUUUAGUUCUACAGAUCGAUGAAGGUGAAGAUAAAGCAGUGGCAUGGUGUAGCCUCAUGGCUCUGGGUGGCCAAUGAUGAAAACUGUGGCAUCUGCAGAGCUCCGUUCAACGGCUGCUGUCCUGACUGUAAAGUCCCCGGAGAUGACUGCCCGCUGGUGUGGGGUCAGUGCUCACACUGCUUCCACAUGCACUGCAUCCUGAAGUGGCUGAACUCACAGCAGGUGCAGCAGCAGUGCCCCAUGUGCCGGCAGGAGUGGAAGUUUAAAGAGGGAGAGACAACAUGAGGUGAUGGAAUAAACCAUUACGAUGUCCAAUCACUGCUUUGUUUUACUCUUAUUUACACAGACAAUAAACAAAUACUGUAUA